UGGUGUUUUUUACCCCAUUUUUGUCCCCAGUACCUGAUGGAAGGCAGCUACAACAAAGUGUUCCUGGCCAAGGGCAACAUCCCAGCAGAGAGCUACACCUUCUUCAUCGACAUCCUGCUGGACACCAUCAGGGACGAGAUCGCGGGCUGCAUCGAGGCCGCCUACGAGCGGAUCCUGUUCCCCGAGGCCGCGCGGAUCCUGUUCUUCAGCUCGCCCCGCAAGAUGACCGACUACGCCAAGAAGCGGGGCUGGGUGCUGGGCCCCUCCAACUACUACAGCUUCGGGGGGCGGCAGCAGAAGGCCGAGGACCCCCCGAUCCCCUCCACGGAGCUGGCCACGCAGGUCAUCGAGUACGCCCGGCAGCUGGAGAUGAUCGUCUGAAAAAACCCAAAAUUCCCCUCCUUUCCUCCUCAUUCCCCUUUUUCCCGCCUUUUUUCCGUGAUUUCCCGCCUUUUUUCCAUGAUUUCCCGCCUUUUUUCCAUGAUUUCCCGCCUUUUUUCCGUGAUUUUUCCGCCUUUUUUCGCGUUUUUUUGGGGGUUUCCCAAUGUUUAAAGUGGUUUUUUUUUUUGGAGGGGGUUUAACUGUUUAAAGAUUAUUCGGGCCUUUCCUCCAAAAUUUUCCCAAAACCCCGUUUAGUCUCUUUAUUUCUAUAUUUUAUUGGGUUUUUUGGGGGUUGAAGUAUUUUUUGGGGGGUGGUUAGAUAGUUAAAAGGAGUUUUGGGGGUCUUGGUGUUCUCUGAAACCCUCGGGACCCCCAAAAAUCCCCAUUUAAUCCCAUUUAUUCCCAUUUUCUCUUUGAUUUUAUUGCAUUUUUGGGGGAGUUUUGAUGUGGGAACCCCAAAACCCCCUCAGACCACCCCCAAUCCCCCUUGUAACUCCCAUUUCCCCUCAUUUUCAGAGGUUUCACAAUUUAAAGGUUCUUUCGUGCGGGGAUUUUGCGACCCCCCCCCCUCUCCCACCCCCUUUUUGGGCAGAAAUGGGGGGCUGAGCCCCCUCCCCAAAAAUACAAACCCCAAAAUGUUGUUCCAAUAAAGCGCUGGAGCCGGA